AUGCAGGAAGAUAGCGUCGAUGAAACGUUUUUGCCUACUAAAAUUCAAGCGGACGCCAACCCAGGCUCCGGAAUAAUACCACCUGUUCCUCAAGUAACUGGAUGCCGAACCCAAGGACAAAUUGCCGUAACAUAUAGUGAAGGACCUAGCGACGCUACUGCUGGUAUAGUACGCCAGUUAAAUCAUGCAGAUGCCCGAGCCAACUUUUUCGUGAAUGCUUCCUGGUGGGUAAUAACACAGUAUGCGAUGGUUGUCCAAAACACAUACAAAGCGGGCCAUUUGAUUGGCAUGACUUACCGAGUCAAGAACGACGACUCUUCCAAGCUUACCGAUGAAGAACUGCGCCGAGACAUUAUUGAAAAGGCACACAUUAUUGAGACGCUUAUUCACGUGGCACCCAAAUAUGUACGCCUUCACUACACUGAGCCCGAAGAUACACGUACCGAGAACAUGUUGAAAAGCCUCGGUUUCAUCCUUGUUGGCUAUAACCUGGACAGUCAAGACUAUGCCCAUCGUGACGUCUCUGAAAUUUACAGCAAAGCGUUCAGACGUUACAAGGAUACGUAUGAUGCCAAAGGAUCGUUUAUUUCGGUGCAAUACGAUAUGCCAGGAACAGUCAAGCUCUCCACAGUACCACAAAUGAUCAAUACUAUUUCGGAUGAAGGCUACACCAUGGUUCGUUUGGAUGGUUGCUUGAACGAUCCAAAGCCAUACAAGAAAUCUGCAGAAAGCACAGAGUACGUUUCGGACAAGCACUCAUUUAAUACCACUGGUUAUCACCAAGGACAGAAUGCUGUACCUCAAAGCGUUAUCGACGAGGCAAAAGAGAGUGAUGGAACGACGAACGAAGAAGCCACAAAAAGUCUUGGUAAUUCAAGUCCUGAAAGCAACAUUUUUACACUCGUCGCCACCCUUGGUUUCGUAGCUGCCAUGGUGCUGCAGCCAUUUUGAAUCUCAGAGUGAUUAAUGCAAAGCGAUGUACGAUUCACCUGUUUCCUCGCACUGCAUCUUUAUCCCCUCUUUUACUCUUUUAAAAAUUUUAAUUUCAUUAUCCAAUAAACCUG